GUGGCCCAGGCUGGAGUGCAGCGACACGAUCCUAUAAUAGUUUACUAUAAUCUCGCUACUGAGUUCAAGCGAUCCGCCCGCCUCGGCCUCCCAAAGCGCUGGGAUUACAGGAGUGAGCCACUGGCCUCUGGCAAAUCCACCCUACAGGAUAACCUUAGAACUGCCCCGGAACUAAACGCCCACGCCCCACGUGCCCCAGCCUGGGUGGUAGCUCCGGGACGGCGCCUUGUGUGACGUCACAGCCCUGCCCAGCAUGCGUCACAGCGCCGCAGGCCUUCCCCGCGUGGCGCCUCUACGUUGUCCCGAGAGGCGCGAGGCGGCGGGGCGCACUCGGAGCGCGAUGGGCGACUGGAAGGUCUACAUCAGUGCGGUGCUGCGGGACCAGCGCAUCGACGACGUGGCCAUCGUGGGCCAUGCGGACAACAGCUGCGUGUGGGCUUCGCGGCCCGGGGGCCUGCUGGCGGCCAUCUCGCCGCAGGAGGUGGGCAUGGUCACGGGGCCGGACAGGCGCAUCUUCCUGCAGGCGGGCCUGAGCGUGGGGGGCCGCCGCUGCUGCGUCAUCCGCGACCACCUGCUGGCCGAGGGCGACGGCGUGCUGGACGCACGCACCAAGGGGCUGGACGCGCGCGCCGUGUGCGUGGGCCAUGCGCCCCGCGCGCUCCUGGUGCUCAUGGGCCGACGCGGCGUCCAUGGGGGCAUCCUCAACAAGAAGGUGCACGAACUCAUACGCGGGCUGCGCAUGCAGGGCGCCUAGCCGGGCAGCCAGGCCGCCCACUGGUAGCGCGGGCCAAAUAAACUGUGACCUGGG